AUGAUAUCCAAUAUGGAUAUCCGCUAUCGUUACAAGUACCUAGAAUCCCUAAACGCUUUCGUUGUUAAUCAUUCCGCUGAUAUGAGUCCACUUGCUUUUAGUGCACGACUCAACCCUUCUUCCCCCGAUCAUCUCACGCUUUUUAGUCGACCGUCAAACGACCAACUCAAACCGCUUCGCACGCAUGGCUACUCAGUACCGCCCGCGAGCGAGCGACUCCACGACCUUCCCUCAUUCCACCAUUCCACCUCCCAUCAAUAA